AUGCGACAGGAGCAGCGCAACGUGCAGGAAAGCAGUGCGGGAGACAUUUCGACUCACUUUGGUGUGAGAUUCUCCCGCAUCAAGAUUGCGGUCAAGAGAUCGUCCUCUGGCAGAUUGAUGGCGCGGCAGGAGCGAACGUACAAUCUGUGGUUCCUUUUGCUUGGCACGGCGCUAAGUGGAAGCGACGACGACUACAGUACGGCCCUCAUCGCUGUCUCUCCGAUGGGCGAUCACGAGAGAUUCGAGUGCGCCGCAUGCAAUCGUCGGCCACAAGUGGCUAGCGGCGAAAAUGUCGCUGCAUUGGUGAGAGAAUCAAGAGACACAAAUCAGACGACAAACCCAGGGCUGCGCGGCUGCGAAUGGGACACCCUUGCGAGCACAGCAGAGGGUGCUGAAGACGCUCUCCGCGAACCAAACAAGCGGGCAAAUUACUGUAUCGGCAGGCCAUGCGCCCGAGACGGCGAGACGUCCACAGGGCGUCUGUGCUCAGUGUGA